AUGAAAUCUAGGAAUUUUACCUUUGACAUCAAUGCCAGGCAAAGUGAGGUUGGAUAUGAAAGUCUGGUAAACCAAGUGGUUGGGUGUCAGUUCUCCAUCGACAAGUCUCAAGCAAUGGUGGAUAUGAACAGCCUAGAACUGGAUAAGUACCACCUCCUAUCGGAGAGGAUUCAGUCAGAAAUUGCAACUACUCAGGAGGAAAUUGAGAAGGUUAAGGCAUCCCUCAUCACAGCUCAGCAAGUGAGGAAGAACAAGAUGGAAUAUGAUGCAUUGGCCAAAGUGAUCUCUCAAGAGAAGGAUCGCAAGGAAACUCAGCAGGAACUCAAGUGUCUCCAGAAGGAACUCUCUUCCUUACAAAAUAUGAGAGAGAAGCUGGAGAUAAAAGUGGAACAGAGGAAGAAGGAGUUCCUGGGUCUCAUCAGUGGCAUUGGUCGCAUGAAGGAACUGCUAGAACGAGAAGAGUAUGAGACUAUUGCAUCCCCUCCAACGAGUGAGCCUGAUCCUGAUGUUCAAGUCAUGGAACAGAAUUAGUGGAGCAUUUGACAUAAUGGAUCUUGGAUAAAGGUUCCACCUGGUUUCUCUGCUACCAUCUCCUUGUUUCUGUACAAGUUUCAAGUUUGUGCAGCUGGCCAAAAUAAAUUUUUAUUUCCAGUAACCCAUACCCUUGUUUCAAAAGAAUCUCUAACUGCACCAGUCAGUUGUAUUACUGGGCUCCAUAUGACCAGAAAUCCAAUAUUAAACCAAAUAUGAAAAAAAAAUCCCAAGAUAUAACAAAAGUAGAAAUAGAUGAACAAAAAAAAAGCAAAUAAAGCUCAUUAUGUGCAUGAGAUGAGACCAAAAAUAAACAGAUUCAAAGGGAGAUAAGCUUCUGCACAGCGUUUUCAAUUGCAUCAGCUGAGAUUCCAAAAUGCUCAAGAAGCACAGCAGGAGGACCUGAUCGUGGG